AUGGAAUCUGAAUUUAUAGCCUUAGAUAAAGCUGGAGAAGAAGCAGAAUGGCUUCGCAAUUUCUUAGAUGACAUUCCAUUGUGGCCUAAGCCUCUUACAGCUAUUUGCAUACAUUGUGACUGCAUGUCAGCAAUAGCUAGAGCAAAAAGCCAUAUAUAUAAUGGGAAAUCGAGGCACAUAAGACGUAGGCAUAAUACAAUCAAGGAAAUGCUCAAAAAUGGAACUAUUUCCAUUGACUAUGUUAAAUCAAAAGAGAAUAUUGCAGAUCCUCUUACAAAAGGUUGGCUUUCAUUAAAGCAGGAUAGAGAUUGGACUUUCGUCGAGAAAACAUAUUUGCUUUCUGAUGCUAUUUUUCACAGAAAUGAAAUUUAUGCAGUUGGACUAGGGGGAAUAAUUGCGUCAGUUGAUGUCAAUAGUAGUAAUGAUCCUUCGCGGCCGCCAAAAGCAAUUCCACUUACACCCUUACGACCAAUGGAACACCCUCUGUUCCCAUACAAAGCAGAUAAGGCAUAUCUUGUUGAAUCAACCAAUGGAGACUUGCUGCAUGUUCGAAGGGUUUUGAAACGAAAGGAAGGUCUUGAUCAAAAGCUGGGGGUUAUCAAUUUUGUGGUAUAUAAGGUGUUAUUCAACGACAACGAUGGGACCUUUGUGAGGCAGGAUCUGGUAGACAGCAUUGGGGAUGGUGCUUUGUUCUUGGGUGAUAAUCAUUCAAUAUCUGUUUUGGCUUCAAAUUUUCCUAGGUGCCAACCAAAUUCCAUUUACUUCACAAAUGACAUUAUGAAUGGUGGUAUGGGCAUCUUCAAUUUAGCAGACAAAACCGUCACACAACACUACCCUCUAAAUCCCAGUGAGAGGUACAUCGAUCCGACCCGCUAUAUGGAUUGUGCCACCGUUCAAUGGUCUUCGCUAGCUUCUUCUCACAUAUUGGAAUCUUGCAGUCUUCCAUUAUUACUUGCAAUCUUCCAUUGCUACUUGCAGUUGUAUGAUAUGAAUAAUUAUCAUCUUUUUUCUUUUUUGGACAAAUAA